GAACGCUUUCGGCCCCUUCUUUUACUCAAACACCUCGAAGAUUUCAGCUUCCGUCUGCAGUGCAAGUUCAUAGCGGGGGACAAGGAACUGAUAGAAAUGGCCCAGGCAUGGCCGCAUCUGCGAUGCCUCAUCCUGGGUUACUCCCCGAUGUACCACGAACCCGGCUUCACGCUCAACGGCCUCGCACAGCUCGUGAGACUCUGCCCUUGCCUGAAUGACAUCAGCAUCCCCAUCAACGCUGACAUCUCAGAGUAUGAACCCCUUCCGGUUGCGGAGCGAGAGCUGUACAACGGAAAGGUGACGAUGCUGGCAUUCGGGCGGUCGAAGGUUGGGGACCCGGUGUCGGUGGCGAUGUUUCUAUCGAGGCUGUUCCCGAACGUGAAGUUGGUUACCGGGCACGAUGAGGCAGGAGGGUCCGCGGCAUGGGAUAAAGUCAGAGACUAUGCCAAAGCAUUCGCAUCCGUGCGUCGCGAAGAGAGAUUGUUGUGGAGAACACCUGCAUAGCGCUGGGUGCGGUACAGGUUCCGGUUGAGUUAUGGGUUCUUUUGGUCCAUAUCAUAAUCGAGGAGAACAUUCUGCGACCGUCGACGGGCUGAAUGUGCACUGAAUCUGUAUCAUCAGUUUCAGUACCACUGAUUCUUGUGUAUCAUCAAUCG